AUGAGACCUGUUCAAUAUAAAUACAGGUCGCGAUGUGAAGAAACGAUAGACCAUUAUUCGUUUUAUCAAGGCUUUUUAAUACCAGCGGUUUUAAUAACUCUGUCAUUCGGCUUUACUAAACAGAGAAGGCAGCUAUUUCAAGAUAUUCUUAAUGGACGACCUGGAAUGGUAUUCCCCAUGGAUAUUAUGACAAGAAACGCCAGUAUGUCGUAUGCUGCUGCAUUUGGAGCAACUCUCCAUCUUGUCGCAUUGAUCAUUUUUCAACAGAAAAUAGCAUUUGAAUUCCACGGUCCAUCUGAACUAAACAAACUGUUAAUAAUACCUUCAAUGAUAGUCUAUGGACUGGUGUAUUUUCCUGUAUUCGCCUGUUUAGCUAUUAAAUCAACCUAUGGUUAUAUCAUGGGAUCUUUGUAUGUCUGGUCAUUUACAGCUCUGUCAUUUUACAAAGAGUUUCAGUGCGCUUAUGCAUAUGAAGUAGAAACCGUAGUACCUCUAUUGUUUCGAAGUAUACCACAGUUUGUCUGUCUUCUAUAUCUAUGUAUCGGUAUAUCACGACGAUGUUACGAGGCUUUUAAAACCAAGAAAAAUGUAUUUGAAACUAUAUCUGAAGACUACAUUUCUGAAACACUGGGCGAUAUCAAGGAUUCUUACGUCGGAAGACAUGUGCGUAAACUGUUAAUCAAACAACUACCAAAACCAAAACCUGAGUUACCUGACGAUUUUAAAGGGAAACUGAUCAUGAAGCUGAAGUUGUUUUGGAAUCGAUGGGUUUACAAGAGAGACGAAAGCUUUAAAUAUUCGUCCAGAUUCAAAUCUGUAGUAUUUGUUGUUUGUUAUAUUCUGGCUAUAGUUUUUGCCAUUUUUGUAAAUUUAAUAUCAAUACUACAUACCAUGACUUCUUACAGAAAGAAUUUAAGGAAUUUACACAACGGGAUCCAUACUCAUAUACCAGCAACAAAUAAACGUUCUAACACUAAACUCUUGGUUGGAAGUAUGAGGUAUGCUGGGUAUCAAGUAGGAUAUAUAGCAUGGGGUUUUGUAAUCCAGUGUAUUUUAUUUUUCCUGCUGUUUAUGAUAAUAUGGGCUCUGGUUGAUUUAAAGGGGAUGUUUAUUCGUUUAUUAAGGUGGUUAUGGCCAUUCAUCCUACAAGUUGUAUUUAUCAAUGUUUUACAAAUUGUAUUAGCCAAGUUUUUGUUCUUACAAGAAAAGGGAGCUCAUCUCGCCCUAGAAAAUAGGCGCAUGCUGUUCACCUUCACCUACUUUAUGUUUUUCUACAAUAUAUUCGUGGGUUUAGUAUCCUGUUUUUUAAGAAUAUUUAAAACUAUUGUGAUGGGAGCUGUAUUGCUACCUAGACUAGACCACAGUACAUUACCACAGAAAUUCCAGUUUUUUGAUCCAGGUUUCGCAGCUUAUGUUGGUUUUAUGCAUAUAGAAAACUCUCAUAAUCACCCGGUAGUGUUGGUGUUAGUAAGAAUACUUCUGGCCAGUCGCAGAAGCAAACUGAAGUCGGCUCAAGGUAGUCUAGAUCGUGAUGUCUCGUUUAGUAAUAUUGAGACAGGUACUGGAUCUAUAGGUCAAUCGGGGCAAUCAGGAGAUGGAACACGAAGGCAAAAAGCUGCGAGGUUUAAUUGGCAUGUAGCUUAUACGCUAAUCAACAAUCUCGAAUUGAGACUGUAUAGAAAAGGAUAUCUGGAAGCCUUAAAGACAGCUAAAGAAGGUGGCAUUAUUAACCAAGUAACUGACAACGUCUAUACUGAUUUAUCCAUCCCUAAACAGCCACAGAAACCCAAAAUUAACAAUUCUAAUUUUCUGAAGAACCAGCAACAAGACGGAUAUAAUAUUCUGGAAGAAGAUGUGCGACGUGACAGGAUAACAAGAUCUAUACCACGACAACCGAAAGAAUGA